AAAGACCCUCAGACUCCUGCAGCAGCAGAGACAGAGACCAACCCUCUACCUCAGAUGUUCCACAUGGAAUCAAAGCCAGAUGAGACUAACGCACAGGUGAAAGACCCUCAGACUCCUGCAGCAGCAGAGACAGAGACCAACCCUCUACCUCAGAUGUUCCACAUGGAAUCAAAGCCAGAUGAGACUAACGCACAGAUGGACAGUGGACCAGAGGUUUCUCGUCAUUCGUGCGAUUCAGAUGAAACUGUUCUGAAAGAAACCUGUGAUGAGGCUUCUCCAAACAACCAUUCCAGAGAGCAAUCAGAUGAUGAACUUCCACCUCUGAGACGCACAAAAAGCAUUAUGAUGGAUCGACUACAAGAUUUUGCUGGCUGUCUCUACGAUUCAAGUGAUGACAGCACAGAGGGCACUUUGAUUUCUAAGCCUGAAAGGGAUUCACAGAGGCUGAGAAGAAGCUCUCGCCAUCCUAUUCAGAUGCCUCUUGUGGAAUCAGAUAACUCUAACAUUGGCAGUGAAGAUGAGUACAUUCCAUGUCCCAAGGACGAAAGCACAGAAAGUGAUAGCAGUUUGGAAUUAACCCUGGAAGAUAAAAAAAGGAACAAAGGUGCAUCUAGUGAGAGCAGAAGAAAGUCUUCCAGUCGGAGCAAGUUUAAGCCCAGGGAGAGUGGAAGUGAGUCCUCCAAGCAGAAAAGAAGCAGGUCUUCCAGUCAGAGCCAGCUUGAUUUUAGCCAGAAGAGACCCUUUAAAACAGGUCAUGACCCCACACAAAUAUUUCCAAAUAGCAGAGUUGAUGGUAAUGAAAAGAAAAUAGUUGCAACAUAUUCUAAAAAGGAUGUGAGUGUUUCAAUGCCCCUGGAAGAAGAGCAGUCUAUGUAUAUCAAUCCAGUUUUAAAGAAGAUGGAUGGGUCUAGAAGCUACAACAAAAAACAUUUCUGCUUUUAUUGCAGAAAGUUUGUCCAGAAAAUGUCAAGGCACUUGUGGCGUAAACACCAAGAUGAAACAGAUGUUGCAAAAGCAUUCAGUUUGCCAAAGAACUCAAAAGAAAGGAAACUGCAGUUGGACUACAUACGAAAUAAGGGGAACUUUGAGCACAAUAGUGAGGUUUUGGAGACACAGAAAGGCAAACUCAUCCCAUGGAAGCAACCACAGAAAAAAUCUGAAGGACAGGAAUUUGCACAUUGUAUUCACUGCUAUGGUUUGUUCUCAAGAAGAGCAAUGUGGCGGCAUUUUCAGGUUUGCAACUUCAAACCUGAGAGUAGUAAACCCGGUAAAACUCGUGUUCUUUCUUUGUGUGCUUUCGCUGAACCUGCUCCACCUGGAUUUAAUGAUGCUUAUUGGAAGUUCUUAAGUGUUAUGAAUCAAGACAGGAUUGCAGUUGCUAUUAAAGAAGACCGCUGUAUUCUUGAAUAUGGUUACAGACUGUUCAGGAAGAACGAGAAGGUGGUCAGUCAACACCAGUAUAUUCGGCAAAAACUGAGAGAGCUUGGCAGGCUGUUAUUGAAAGCAAGACAAGUUACACAUGUGAAGACCAUCCAAGAACUCAUAAAACCUGAACAGUACAGUCAGGUGGUCACUGCUGCAAAGAGCCUAUCUGGAUUCAGUGAGCAAACUGGCAAAUACCAAUGUCCGUCUCUUGCUCGCAAGGUUGGACACAGCUUGUAUUCUUUGGCCAUGUUUAUCAAGUCCGAAGGCCUGAAAAAGAAAGAUAAACAAGCUACUCAAGAUGCUGAGGAGUUUGCGCUGCUUUAUCAAGAAAGUUGGAGAUUUGACAUUGCAAGCCAAGCAUUAACUCAACUUGACCAGACCAAAUGGAAUGCUCCUCUACUGUUACCUUUCACACAAGAUAUUCAAAAGUUUCAUUGUCAUCUAGCUGAGAAACAGCAGCAACAUUUGAAUGAUCUGCAAAAACACCCAUCACCAUCAAACUGGAAGGAGCUUGCAAAAGUUACCCUCACACAAGUUGUACUGUUUAACCGGCGGAGAGGAGGGGAAGUGUCCAGGAUGCUUCUGUCUGCGUAUCUAUCAAAGGACACAUCAGACACACAUGGUGACGUUAGCUUGGCCCUUACACCGCUUGAACAGAAGCUGUGCAAACAUUUUGUAAGGAUUACAAUUGUAGGAAAGAGAGGAAGAAAGGUUCCAGUUCUUUUAACCCCAAUCAUGAGAGAGUCACUUGAUGCUCUGACUGAGAAGAGAGAAGAAUGUGGAGUGCUGUCUGAAAAUGGAUAUCUGUUUGCAUUACCUCACUCUGUCCAUUACAUAAGGGCUUGUGACUGCAUAAGGCAGUUUGUGAAAGAAUGUGAUCACCUUGAAAAUCCUAAAGCCUUAACAUCAACAAGACUAAGGAAACAUAUCGCCACCCUCUCUACUGUAUUGAACCUUAAGACCACAGAACUCGAUCAGUUGGCAGACUUCCUUGGCCAUAAUAUUGCUGUGCACCGAAAGCACUACCGCCUUCCGGAGGGCACCCUCCAGUUGGCCAAAAUCAGCAAAGUGCUUCUGGCAAUGGAACAGGGACGCCUAGGAGAAUACAAAGGAAAGAGCCUGGAUGAAAUUCAAGUUGACGUGAAUGAGACCAUUGGCAUAGAGGGGCCUUCAGAAGAGGACAUUGAAGGAGAACAGGGGUCAGAAGAUGAGGAGAGCAUGUCAUCCCUGAACAUCUGUACCUCAACAUCACAAGUCCAAAACCAGGGAGUGUCUCCAACGGAUGUCACUAUGCCAGGACAACAGGGGUCAGAAGAUGAGGUCAGCACGUCAUCCCUGCAAGAAUGUACCUCCACAUCGCAAGUCCAAAACCAGAGUGUGUCUGCAAGAAAGAGAGGUAAGCAAGCUCCUGUGAGACGUUGGACACCAGAGGAAAUUGCUGCAGUAGAAAAACAUCUGAAGAAGUUCAUUGUGAGGCAAGAUGUUCCAGGUAAAGCGGACUGUGAGCGCUGCAUUGCUUCAGAACCGCAAGCGCUACAAAAUAGAGACUGGAAAGCAGUCAAAUAUUUCAUCAAAAAUAGAAUAACUACCAUGAGAAGAAAAUUAUAAUGAAAGCAGUUCAACGAUCAGAGGUAUGGACACACAUUUUCAGUUUGGGUCCUAUACUUUGUUUAAAUGUUUUGAAAUGUACUGUAGUUUAAAGUAGCUGCUGUGGUUUUAGCAGUCAACAACACAUUAAACAAGUACAUGUUUGGCAAAGUCAAAUGUUUGAUUAUCUGGUUAACUUUGCAGUAAUGAUUGUUUUGUUUUCCUGUAAUCAUUAGUUGCAGCAUUAGAGUCUCAAUUUUGUCUCAAGCAUGUUCUAUGUUUUUUGUGAAACAAUACACGGGCAGAUGUGUACACAAAUUAUUCAUAUUUGAUACACUGACCUUUGUGGUCCACAUUAUUUAUUGGUACAGCAAACCUGCAUUCAUUCCAUGCUAAAGACUGACAGGAUGCUUCACAGCACUUAUUUUUAGAGGAUGGAGUCAUAGAACUAUCUCUUACCUGUGAAGGAAUGCAUAGCUGCAGCAUGUAUUGGUCACUGAUGAGCCUCUGUGACAGGUCAGUAUUAAAAACAUCUUCAUGUUGUGUGGACUAAAGUUUCAUGGUUUAAUUUUUUGAUUGAUUGUCACUGAAGACCUGAAUGUUUGCAACCGGACACCAAGCAGAUGGGUCAUCCUGAGCACAUAUUAAAAAUUUCUCUACCAAAUAUGAAUGACAGUACGUUGUAGACUUCCGUGUUUGAGUUUGGCUAUAAACAAUCCUUGGUUUUUGUUCAAUUUAAAGGUCCAGUGUAACAGACUUAGUAAGACUGCUGAUUGUAACAAAAAGAGGACUUAAAGGAUGUUGUUCUUCAUAAACUAUGUUUACAUGGACACAAGCAAUUGGAAUAAAAGCCCGAUCGGAAUAAAUAUGUCAUGUAAACAUGUCAAUCUAGAAACACUGAUUCCAGUCCACAACACCACAGAGAUGAAAUCAGCAUUAGAAUACUCCUUUUUCUACCUUGUUUGUUUAUCUGGUUAACUUUGCAGUAAUGAUUGUUUUGUUUUCCUGUAAUCAUUAGUUGCAGCAUUAGAGUCUCAAUUUUGUCUCAAGCAUGUUUUAUGUUUUUUAUAUACGGACAAAAAAACUUAUUUUCGUUUUGUGUAAAAAGUAGUCAGAUGACUGACUUGUUAGCAAAAUAAAUACAUGUGCCUUCAGGAUAACUUGU